AUGGAAAUGAACUUGUUAUUGGCUAAGAUGUUCUUUAAGUAUGACCUUGAACUGGUUAAUACGGAGUUGGACUGGUUGAAUGAGGGAAAGGUUUUUGUAAUGUGGUGGAAACGAGAGUUGAUGGUCCGUUUUCGGCAACGGGCUAUGUAGGUAAGUUGGUCGAAAUUACAAGGGAACUCGGUAGAAUAGAGGUUUUUGUUUCUCUGUCUUGUAAUUUGUGAUUCUUCUUGUUUUUCUAUUGCAGAAAUCUAUAUCUAUAUCCGCUGUUAUCCUCAUCAAAAAAGUUUCAAGUUUCAACAAAGAUUUCCUCCCGUGCUCCUAUAUUCGGUUAGAUCUAUCUCUUGACAUCGCUAACUUCUGAACUGCAGCAUUCAACCUUCCACGACAUUCCCCUACUCCAGACGCACUUCCCAACUGCUCUCGGUGCGUCACUGCAAAUAA